AGAAAGAAGACUGGCGAGUGCGAGGAGGGCUGGCUGGCGCGAUCCGGAGGCCGAGCCGAUGGAGGAACAAUGCAGCCUCCCGAAGCUCCGGCGGGGCUGAGCGCGGGGCUGCGCGCCCGGAGCCGCGGCCGCCGUCCUGCCGGCCCCAGGCCCGCCGCCCGCGCCCGGGGCCGCUGCCACCUCGCACUUUGACACGAAUGAGAAAGUUGCUCUUCGUUCUCCUAACGUGUGCUGCCAGUGGAUUUCAGCUCUGCGUGGCUCCAGGCAAGAUGACACUUUCCAGAUCCCCCGCGUUGAGCAACUAAUAUAUUAUGCAUCAUUGGGUAAUAAACUCUCCCGGGAAGAGAGAGGCCACGCCGCCCGCGAACCUCACCAGCUCUCCGGCGACUCCGGCCCGCCUCGCGCACAACGCCUUGAUAUAGACCCACUGCUAACUGGAUUUGAUUUAUAAGAGGGAAAUCUACAGUCAAUGGCCACUUUUACCACACUGCAACUAUGGGAAACAGAAUGGUCAAUAGGAUAUGGUCUGAUAAAUAGUGAUGAUUGAAGAUGCUGCUUCUAUACAUGGGGAAUCAAUGAGAGCUACUUGCUGCCAGAAGAAAAUUCUGAGAUUUUCUUGACAAGUGUACCUUUGAGAAGUCGGAGGCGGAUUCUACCCGUAUACAGUCUUUCUCAAGUGGAUAUAAACACAUUGGCGUCACUGUAACUAGACAACCAGACAACUGAUGUGGUAUCAUGGCACUGCUCAGAUGCAUGUGGCCAAAUUAUGUUUGGAGAGCCAUGAUGGCAUGCUUGGUACACAGGGGAUUGGGGGCUUCCUUGACUCUUUGUCUUCUGGGCUGUUGGCUUCAGACUGCACAUGUGCUGUCACAAAAACUGGAUGAUGUAGAUCCACUGGUGACAACCAACUUUGGAAAGAUAAGAGGAAUUAAGAAAGAACUCAAUAAUGAAAUUUUGGGGCCUGUUAUUCAGUUUCUUGGGGUUCCAUAUGCAGCCCCGCCAACAGGAGAACAUCGUUUUCAACCUCCAGAACCGCCAUCUCCCUGGUCAGAUAUCAGGAAUGCCACUCAGUUUGCUCCCGUGUGUCCUCAGAAUAUCAUCGAUGGCAGAUUGCCGGAAGUCAUGCUCCCUGUAUGGUUUACCAAUAACUUGGAUGUGGUUUCAUCUUACGUACAAGACCAGAGUGAAGAUUGCCUCUACUUGAAUAUAUAUGUCCCGACUGAGGAUGAUAUUCGGGACAGUGGGGGUCCGAAGCCAGUGAUGGUGUAUAUCCAUGGAGGCUCAUAUAUGGAAGGUACUGGAAACUUAUACGAUGGGAGUGUCUUGGCAAGCUAUGGCAAUGUGAUUGUCAUCACAGUCAACUACCGACUUGGGGUACUUGGUAAGGAAUCUUCUUUUUCUCUCUUAUCACUAGUCGUUUAAAUAUGUGAUAGUUCUCUUUUGACUUUGGUGUUGCUUGGCUUUAACUCUUGUGCUAUGCUCCAUGACUUUUGGGAAUUGAACUGUUUGAUGGUUCCAAGGAGUUUUAUAAAUGCUCACGCAUCAUGUAUGGACCACCAGGGAAGAUUUUCAACUGUGAAACUGACAGGUAAUGUAACAAUUGGCAUUGUUGCAGAAAUAACUUCCUGUAUUUGCUAAACAGAUCCAAGAAAGGCCUUACUAAAACGUCUCUGGACA